UCUAUAUCUAUCAUAAUAUGUAUUAUUGAGAAAUGGAUCACCACACGUGCACUCAUUUUGACAAUUAGUCCCAAAAAAAAACCUAACCUUUCUUGGUAAAUAAAACCAUACUUUAUAAUUAAUAGAUUAGCUAAUUAUUCCUGUUUCCUUUUUACCAAACCACCCUUCUACAUAUUCCACAAUAUGUGGUAUGUAAUGCAAUAAAAAGGUAAUCACAUGGGUAGAAUAGUGAAAUUAAGUGAGUGCUUCGCACUAAGUAAAGUAAAUAUUACUAUCGUGCCACCAUGAAGUCUGGGUCUUCGAUCAUUGUUUACAGAGGAAUCGAAAUACUACUCCAUUGCCGUGUUUGACCUGAAAAGCGUCCUUCGAUCCAUUUUAAUUUUGUUUUCUUCUCCAGAAUAUGUUUAGAUUUAUGUGCAGAGAGGGAGAGAGAGAGGGAGAAAAGGAGGGAGGGAGAGGUUUCAUAGAUUUUGAGCUUCUUUCUUUUGUUUCAUUUCGUUGUUUUUUAGUUUUGGCUUCCUCUGUAAGUAACAUUAACAAUCUUCAGGGUCUCUGAUUCUAUAAUUCAAUUUUCUUGAGAAAAUUCGAACGUUUUUUUCCGAGAAAUAGAAGGCGUGCGUUUGUCAAGAGAGAAAGAGAGGAGUUUGGGGAGAUGAGAGGGGUGAAUAAUGGAGACUCGAGAGCUGUGGACAACACUUUGGAGACUAUAAACGCGGCUGCUACUGCGAUCGCAUCAACUGAGAAUCGUGUGCCUCAAGCUACGGUUCAGAACAGAAGAUGGGGGAGCUGGUGGAGCAUAUACUGGUGUUUUGGGUCUCAUAAGCCAAGAAAGCGAAUUGGGCAUGCUGUCCUUGCGCCUGAAACUACAUCUCCAAGAAAUGAUGCUCCACCAUCUGAAAAUCCAACCCAAACAACUGCUGUUAGACUUCCCUUUGUUGCACCUCCAUCCUCUCCUGCAUCGUUCCUGCAAUCUGAACCUCCUUCUGUGACUCAAUCUCCCACUGGCAUGGUAUCCCUUAAUUCUAUUUCUGCCAAUAUGUACUCUCCUGGAGGACCCGCUUCCAUUUUUGCAAUUGGCCCUUACGCACAUGAAACCCAGUUAGUAUCGCCUCCAGUCUUCUCAACAUUCACCACUGAACCAUCAACUGCUCCUUUCACUCCUCCUCCUGAAUCUGUUCACUUGACUACACCAUCCUCGCCCGAGGUACCAUUUGCUAAACUUCUUGACCCUAGUCUCCAGAAUCUUGAGGCAGGGCAGAGAUUUCCAUUCUCCCAGUAUGAAUUUCAGUCAUAUCACCUUUACCCUGGAAGCCCCAUUGGCCAACUUAUCUCACCUAGUUCAGGCAUUUCUGGUUCAGGAACCUCAUCUCCUUUCCCAGAUGGUGAGUUUGCUUCUGGUGGUCCUCAAUUUCUCGAGUCCCGGAGAGGUGACCCUUCCAAGCUGUUGAAUUUCGAUAAGCUGUCCAACUGUGAUUGGAGAUCAUAUCAAGGUUCUGGUGGCAUGACCCCAGAAGCUGUAAGACCUGCAUCUCACCAUGGCUUUCUUCUAGAUCGUCAGCUUUCUGAUGCCGCAUUGCACCUGCAUUCAGACAAUGGGUCCCGAAAUGAUCAUAAUGUUGCUGGUCAUAGGGUCUCAUUUGAGUUAACGGCUGAGAAUGUAGUAAAAUGUGUAGAAAAGAAGCCAGCAUUGUUUGUUAAAGCUCUAUCAGAAGCACCAGGGAAUCAAAACCCUCUCCUCCUAGGUGAAGAAAAUUCUGGUCUGCCGGUGAAUACUUAUGAGUGUCGUGUAGGUGAAACAUCUAACGAGAAACCUGAGAAAGCGUCUGAUGAUGGGGAAGAGGCACCACAACAUCAGAAGCAUCGAUCUAUUACUCUUGGCUCUGCCAAAGAAUUCAACUUUGACAAUACAGAUGGAGGACUUUGCCCUAAGACUAGUAUUGGUUCUGACUGGUGGGCGAAUGAGAAGGUCGUUGGAAAGGAGGGUGGCACCAAGGAUUGGUCUUUCUUCCCCACUAUACAACCACAACCAGGUAUCAGCUAACUAUAAUGCUAUUGCAGCUGUUCUGCCUGCCUGCUUUGUAGAGUUCGUGACAGGGUCUUGAUCCAUUGGGUGAGCAGAUCUAAGGGAAGCACUGACUUAGGUCAGACCGGUAUACAAAGGUUGUUUUCAGUAACUUUGUAACCUCAUCAGGAGUAAUAAGAUAGAAGAAUGUUCAGACUAGAUGGAUAGUGUAUUAUUUUGAUUCUUAAGGCUAAUAUACAGGUUAAUAGCAGAAUCUUUGGCUGAUU